AUGAAGUUUGGGAAGAAUAUAUGCAUCCUAAACGUUGGUGGCACCAAGUAUGCUUUCACUAGAGAAGUUAUAAAGGAUUUUCCCCUUCGAAGAGUGAGCAGACUCCACAGCUGUUCCUCUGAAAAAGAGGUCUUGGAGGUUUGUGAUGAUUAUGACCGAGAGAGGAACGAGUUUUUCUUCGACAGGCACUCUGAGGCGUUUGUCUUUAUUAUGCUUUACGUGCGAUCUGGAAAGCUCAGGUUUGUCCCGCAGAUGUGCGAGCUUUCCUUUUACAACGAAAUGAUCUACUGGGGCUUGGAGAGCUCACAUUUGGAGUUUUGUUGCCAGCGGCGAUUAGAGGAUAGGAUGUCCGACACUUACACGUACUUUUCAGAGGAGGACAUCAAGGCAGAGGUGGAGUCCAGAGGUGAGGAGGAUCAGGUCACCCGGUUCGCCUCUGAAAGAGGGAACGCGCGGUGGCUGGAGAGGAUGCGGAGGACUUUUGAGGAACCAGCUUCCUCUGUUGCUGCGCAGAUCCUGGCAUCCGUGUCAGUGGUUUUUGUCAUUAUGUCUAUGGUCAUCCUCUGCGCGAGCACUCUGCCGGACUGGGAUACAGCAAAAAACAAUACAGUGGAAGAACACAGGAUUAUCGAGGCAGUAUGCAUUGGCUGGUUCACUGCUGAGUGCAUAGUGCGCUUCAUUGUCUCACGGGACAAAUGUGAGUUUGUGCGCCGCCCCCUUAACAUUAUUGACCUCUUGGCGAUCACGCCUUACUACGUGUCUGCCGCUGUGACAGCGCUGACAGGAGAAAACCCUCAACUACAGCGAGCAGGAGUCACCCUGCGCGUACUACGAAUUAUGCGCAUCUUUUGGCUUAUAAAGCUGGCGCGUCACUUCCUCGGGCUGCAGACACUCGGGCUUACGCUGCGCAGGUGUUACCGUGAGAUGGUCAUGCUGCUGGUGUUUGUCUGCGUCGCAAUGGCGAUAUUCAGCGCCCUGGCACAGCUGUUGGAGCACGGCCUUGACCUGGAGACUAGCAAUGAGGACUACGCCAGCAUCCCGGCAGCCUGCUGGUGGGUUAUUAUCUCCAUGACGACUGUCGGCUAUGGAGACAUGUACCCCAUCACCAUUCCGGGACGCGUGCUGGGUGGCGUGUGCGUUGUGAGUGGCAUUGUGCUGCUGGCUCUGCCCAUUACCUUUAUCUACCACAGCUUUGUGCAGUGCUACCACGAACUCAAAUUCCGCUCAGCACGCUGCGUGCGAAGUCUCUCUUCUGAGUUUCUCAACUAACUGUAGCAUAGAUCGUCCGGAGAACCUGCUGGUCUUCAGCUUAGUAAUAUCACCUGCUCUUCUGUGCCUUUAUAUUGAACCAAGAUCUGAAAUAUAGCGAAGGAACACACUACUUCUGAUGUGGAAAAAUCAGCAUUUAGACUCUCUGUGUGAACUUAUUAUAUCCAAAUAAAAACACAAGUACCUCUGUACUCAAGGACACAUUCUGGGAUUCAUUCUGGAAUAGGACAAAAGAGGCAAAUCCCCAGCCCAAAGCUGGAAAGUGCACAAUAAAGCAUUACGAUCCAAAGGAAAUACAUUAGCCAGUGUUUAUGUUGUAACCCCCUUCUUGUGUGAACGAACAAAAGCGAUCCAACAGCAUUUCCUGUGUAUGAAAUGGACAACUGUGGCAUUUGACAACUACAGAUGGCCUGGCUGCCUGGAACGGGCAUCUGGCGGGACCUUGUGUCCUGACAGUGCUCCAGCCUAGAAGGAGCUUACACGAAUUCUCGUGUUUCCAUGGAGAGGUCCCUCCGACUUGCUAAACCAUUCAUUCAGCUCCCAGUAAAGUGGCAAA